AUGGGAACCACCUCCCUCUCUUCAAACUCACCUUCUCUCAUCAAUAUCAUUCUCACUAGACGUUCAAUUUCACUACCAUCAACCAGAUACAAUAAUUUCCUCACACUUCAACCUCGCACUUCCCUCACUUUUCAUUCCAUCACCUGCAGCAGCAGCAACAGCAACGCCGCCAAUACAGACCAGAAUGAAGCAGACUCAAUUCAAGCACCAACUACAGCACCGGCUAAACCGAUUGAGCUAAGGCUCAGGAGAAGAUCAAGAAGACAAGUGAAACGGCCAAGGGGGAAAGGAACUGUUACAGAUAGCAUAGAGCAACCCAGAAUGGCAGAGGCUGUUCCUAAGAAAUGGGAGGAAAUGAGUUUGAGAGAGAAGGCGAUGGAGCUUUACGUGGGAGAGAAAGGUGCUCUGUUUUGGCUUAAUAAAUUUGCAUAUGCUUCGAUCUAUAUCAUGAUUGGAGCUUGGAUAGUGUUUAGGUUUGUGGGUCCUGCACUUAAUCUGUAUCAGUUGGAUUCACCUGUACUGUCACCUAGUGAUGUAUUGAAGGGAUAA